UUCCUUCACAAAUACAAAAAUCCUCUGCAAACUCCAGUCUUCAAGCUCUCCCUAGCGGUUUCAAGAUUUCGUUCACCAUAACGAUCGGUGGUAGAAAGGAUGGGUCACUCUAAUGUCUGGAACUCUCACCCCAAGAACUACGGCCCUGGUUCUCGCACUUGCCGUGUGUGUGGAAAUCCCCACGGUAUUAUCAGGAAGUACGGGCUUAUGUGCUGCAGACAGUGCUUCCGUAGCAAUGCCAAGGAAAUUGGAUUCAUCAAGUACCGCUGAAGAAAGAUGCUGUCUUCCACAGAAGCAGAUUGGUCUGGAACAAGUAUGAUCUUGUUAGAAUUUUUAUGUUUGAAGUGAACUCUUAAGACAAUGUUUUGCUUAGUUGAUGUAUUACUGAAAUUGAAUUGAUGUUGCGAAUGGAUUGUUUUCGAAUUACUUGAUAACAUUUUGGAAUUGUCUCCUGGGUUA